GCGCCAGCGGCUGGAGCAGGCAGCCAAUGGGCUGAGGGCAGCGAGGAGGACAGCGGGCCGCGAUUGGCCGCGCCAACCUCCCGCGGCUGUUGCUAGGGUGGGUUAAGAUGGCGGCUUUGGACAGAGUCAAGGUGCUGGUGCUGGGCGACUCCGGUGUUGGGAAAUCCUCGCUUGUUCACCUCUUGUGCCACAACCAGGUGUUGGGGAACCCGUCCUGGACAGUGGGCUGCUCGGUGGAUGUGCGAAUCCAUGACUACAAAGAAGGGACACCAGAAGAGAAGACCUACUACAUUGAGCUGUGGGAUGUUGGAGGUUCAGUGGGUAGUGCCACUAGUGUGAAAAGCACACGAGCAGUAUUUUAUAACUUGCUGAAUGGGAUAAUUUUAGUGCAUGACCUAACCAACAAGAAAUCAUCUCAGAAUUUGUAUCGCUGGUCUUUGGAAGCACUCAACAGGGAUGUCGCUCCAACAGGAGUUCUCGUGACAAAUGGUGACUAUGACCGUGAACAGUUUGCUGACAACCAGAUUCCUCUGCUGGUAAUAGGAACUAAGCUGGAUCAGAUCCCAGAAACUAAGCGGAAUGAAGUUUUGACCAGAACGGCUUUCUUGGCUGAGGAUUUCAAUGCUGAAGAGAUAAAUUUGGACUGCACCAAUCCUCGUUACCUGGCUGCGGGUUCAUCCAAUGCUGUCAAGCUAAGCAGGUUUUUUGAUAAGGUCAUAGAGAAGAGAUACUUCUUACGAGAUGGCAAUCAGAUUCCUGGCUUCUCUGAAAGGAAAAGGUUUGGAGGAGGAACACUGAAGAGCCUUCAUUAUGACUGAAUACCGAAGAAGUGGAAGAUGACUCCAUUGAGUUCCUAAUGACAUUCCCAUUCCAACUGCUGCUUAAAGACAAUACUUAUUUCAAGAAGAGUAAAAUGAUGUUAUGCUUUGGCUGGAUAGACUGCUGAAUCUACUGUUUGCUGAAAAAGACUUGGGAAAGAAUUUCCAAGAAUCUAGUUUGAAGCCUAGAGUGUUUCUUAGGAUUGCAGGCUGUCUGGAUACGUGGGAACAUUUGGGGAAAGUGUGCAAUAAAUUGAAUGCCUUUCACACUGCUGUGGGAAAUUGUAUCAUACACAGCAUGUGUAUGUGACACCUUUGUCUCCAUUUUGGAAAACUUAUGGAGAGUCUUUGCAAUUAAUUAUAUUCAUCUUCUAAAGGAAGGAUGACACUGAGUGGGCUUCUCAUUCACAGCAGAGUGAACAAAAUGAAAGCAAAAUGUAAGGAUGGGUAGGGAGUGGUGUGGAAAAUAAUGGAAAGCCUUCAUUAAAUGAAUGGUGGUGUCUCACCUGGAACACACUGUUCAGCCCUAUUCAAAAGGAACAAAAGAAAUAGGCAAGAGAUAGAAAAAAAGAUUUGAAGCCUUAAAAAGAAAAUCACAAGUGGAAAACAGGUGGUAUUAAUUCUGCUGCUUAAAUUAAAAUUGUUUACUUUGGAAAGAGCAACGUGAAUUGGGUAUUCCUGUUUAUCUUUCCAUAAUUGAGCGUGGUCUCAUUCUUAAUACUAAAUUAAAAGGCAAUCCAUUGAAAGCUGGUGGAAAACCUAUGUUUUUAUGCAGUGCUUAUUUGAAACGAACAUGACAUGGUCUUACUGAGCCUGAGAGCUUAGUGUAUUCAGAAAACAUGAACUAUAAGAACGUCCUCUGAAUUAGAAUGCAUAGAAAUUUAAAAGGGACAUAAAGCCUUGUAAAAAGCAGGAACUGAGCACAAAUAGGAGGAAAUUUCUGUGAUAGGGAUGUUUCCUUCUCAUAUUUAGUAAUAAGGAUAGAGGAGACGAGCUGGUUUGAUGUUCUGUGCAAGCUGUUGUCUUUCUCAAGAGCCCAAACUUUGCAAUGUUUCACAUCUCCCCAUAAUUAUAUGGAGUGGUGAAGCCUGAUUUACGGCAAUUUCUUCUAGCCCAUUCUCCCUUAAAGUUACCUCUAAUGGUUGAGCCUCUGGCCAAGGCUAACUAAGGGCUUGAGUUAGAUAUGAAUACAGAUUAAUAAUAAAUGGAAAUAGAAGAAAGUAAAAUGCUGGUGUGAAAUUGACAGCGAGCAGAGUUCUGCAGUCUCCAGAUUACAUCUGCCUGCAGCUCUUCUCUAUCAGCUGCUUGGAAAUAAAUGGGAAAAUGCCUAUUGCCACUAAUCAGGCACAAAAAUGACAGCUUGGUGUGCCAGUCAAGCUUAUUGAAAGUGUGGUUACUUUGCUUUUCCUUAGGCCAUUUCUAGAAAGGUCUUGGAACAUUUGCAAACACAAGUGCAGUGAUUUCAUAGACGCCUGUAUAAAUAGAUUAUUAGUUUACAUUUACUUUAUGAGGAGGGAAAAUAAGGUACCAAAAUAUUCAUAGCAGAUACCCCAUGUCUGAGCUAUGCAGCUCGUAACACCACCAAUGUCUCUCUCUGCUCCUUUUGAAAGCUGGAAUUAUUUUCUCAAGGUCAGGUGCUGCCCUAGGGGAAUCAGAUAGGGCUCCCCCCAGUUACCAAGCAACUGCAGAGCAGAACAAGAAAGCUAGGGCUAUUUCUUCUUUCACCCUGUGCCUUCUUUAGGAGAAUUGGAAGUGGCUUAGACUAAUGGGAGCCAGUUAGUUUAAGACACUGCAUGAAGCAGUGGUCAUACAGGCCUUUGAUUUGGAGGAAGCAACUGUCCUAAGUAGCCCUUUUUAAUUAAGCAAAAAAGGAAUGUUGGUCAGUCCUAGCUGUAGCUUACCAGUAUUUAUGCAUCUUAUUGCUCAGGGUCCACAAAAAAGAAACAUCUUCGCAUGAAAAAUCUUGUGAAGGUCAGUUCACACUCUAGGAGGAGGAGAGAAUGCAUAGUUCCUACACAGCAGUGGGAAUGAAGGUGAUGACAAUCAGGAUUUAGGAGCAAAUUAGAAAAAGAUGCUGUUGUGAUAGAAGGGAGACAAGGUAAAGGGAAUGGUACCAAAGAAAAGCAAAGCAUGUUGGCAAGCAGUACAAUGUUAGCUGAUAUAAAGAGAAGUUUGCUUGAGGCUAAGGCUUCUGCUUUAGGUUCAGCCAGGUCUGUCUGAACUCAGUCAGUCAUCCAGCUGUAAGCCAUAAAACUCCCAGAGUAUCUCCAUCUACUUUUGAACUAACCUGCUGUGUGGUCUAACGAGUGACUUAAUGGUCACUCUCUGUCACAUCUGCAAAGUGAAGGAGGCUUCUCUGGAGGCAAGGCUCUGGUGUAUCUGUUCAUCAAAUUGUAACACUUUUAAUACAUUGGGAAUUAAAGUGUUUACCUUUUUAAA